AUGUUUACCAAAGGAACACAAAUGUUGCUAAUUUGCUGUUAUGUGGUCAGCUGUGUCCAAGCUUUGGAUUGGUGUGAUCCUGAGCUGUGUCCACAUGGGGAUGAACAUAUAGCAUGUGGCAAUACAGGGGCAUUCCAUGAGAGAUGUGAACCCGAUGUCGAAGUCAUUGAUUUGAGGCCAUACCGCAAGCUAAUCUUACACGAACACAAUAAUCGCCGCAACUUUGUAGCCAGUGGUCUGUUGCCAGGCUAUUAUCCUGCAGCACGUAUGGCCACUUUGAGAUGGGAUGAGGAAUUGGCAUUUUUGGCCGAUUUAAAUGCUCGCACCUGUGUGGUAGAUCAUGAUCAUUGUAGGAACAGCUUUCGCUUUCGUAAUGUGGGACAAAACUUGGUGGGCAUUGCACGUCCCAAAUUUGAAUUUCAAAAUAUAACCGAGAUCCUGCUAAAAGAUAUCUGGCUGUGGUACAGAGAACAUUCGGUGAUCAAUAGCAAUUUUAUAACCAGUUUUAAAGUUGUAGGAGAUUUUGAAAAGUAUGGCCAUUUUGCUGAAUUUGUUUUGGAUCGCAACACCCAUGUCGGCUGUUCCAUGAUACGCUACACCCAUCCCGUUUACACCCAUCUCUACAUCUACAAUUUGGCUUGUGACUAUGCCAGCAUUUACGCCUACAACAUUGCCGUCUAUGAGGCAGGAGAACCCGGUUCCGGCUGUCUCACUGGCACAAAUCCCAAAUACCCCGCUUUAUGUUCCCUGCAAGAGUCGUAUAAUCCCAAUUAUUAA